CUGGCUUCCCCGCCCAUCACAACCCAUUAGACCAAUUUUAAGCGAAAAAUAAAAUAUGAGAGUGUACGGCUUUGGUUGAUCUAUCGUGGAAUGCCCCCGCUGGUACUACAAAGCUACAGCCUACAGCGAAGAGAAUGGAUGCCCGCUGUGCUGAAGCGCCCGUUGAGAGCCUGGCCUUGAGCGCGGCUGAACGGUCCGCGGCAGAGGGCGGUGUGGGUCGGACCGCCAGUGUGCUCUGUGCAGCGAGAGUGUCCGGGCGCCGCACAGGUGACGUUCUCAGGGGUGCGGAGUGCUGACACAACCCAGCUGCCGGCUCGGCGGGCCGGCUGCCAGGAUGGGCUCGGAGAAGGACGCCGAUGACCCCCUGCUGAGGCAGAUCGGACGCAUCGGCAAAUGGCAGGCCAUCACCUUCGUCGUCCUCGCGCUGUUCGCCGCGCCGGUCGCCUGGCAGAUGCUGGUGGUGGUGUUUCAGUCGCCGUCCGGGGUCGAUCACUGGUGCAAACGACCGGCCGCCUUCGCCAACUGGAGCGUCGAACAGUGGCGCAACUACAGUACGCCGUACACGACUGAUCAGGCCGGCGCGCUCCACUGGGACCGAUGUCACGUGUACGCGCUCGACUACAGCACGGCGCCGCAGGAGCCGGUCCGGCCGCCCAACGGCACCGAGACGGCGCCCUGCCCGCGGCUGUACCGCGUGCACGGCCGCUGGGAGUUCGACCACUCGUUCUACCAGUGGACCAUCCAGGAGCACUUUGGUCUGGUCUGCGAGUAUGAGUACCUGCUAGCGCCCAUCAAGUCCUCCUACAUGGUGGGUGUCAUGCUGGGGGCCCUGCUCGGCGGCAUGGCCUCAGACAGGUUCGGCCGCCGCCCGGUCAUCCUGGCGCUGCUGGGCACCCUGCUGCCCCUCUCCCUGCUGGUGGCUCUCUCUCAGACGGUGAUGGUAUUCAUCGUGCUCAGGUUCCUGGUGGCCAUGGCCGUGGUGGCCGAGUACACCGCCAUCUUCGUCUACUGUAUGGAGAUGGUCAGCGGUCGCUGGAGGAUCAUUCUAGGCAUGCUGAUCCAGCUGCCGUUCUCGUUCGGCUUUAUGAGCCUGGCCGGGAUCGGGUACGCGCUGACAGACUGGCAGCAUCUGCAGGUGGCCAUUAGCGCACCCAUCGUCGUCUUCUUCUUCUACUACUGGGCGGUGCCCGAGUCUCCCCGGUGGUUGCUGGCGGCCGGGAAGGUGGAUAGGGCGACGGCGCUCAUCGAGUCCAUAGCCGAGAUCAACGGCAGAGAGUUCGACCCCGACAUUCAGCUGGUGCCACCGCACGAGGGACGGCGGCACGUCAGCGUCAUAGAGCUGCUCCGCUCGCCAUCCGUCCGCUACCGCACGCUCAACCUGUGGUUCAACUGGACGGCCAACGUGCUCGUCUACUACGGGCUCAUCUUCUCGUUUGCGGACGUGGGCGACGACAUCUACCUGAGCACGGUGCUGGGUGGUCUGGUGGAGGUGCCCGCCUACCUGAUCGGUAUCGGCGUGUGCCUGCUGCUCGGCCGGCGACUGCCCAUCGCCGGCACCAUGCUGCUGGCCGGCGGAUGCCUGCUGGCCACCAUCGCCGUGCCCAGAGGGGCGUUUGCCCGCGACUGGCCGCUGCUGCUACUGACGCUGAUGGCCCGGUUCUGCAUCACGACCUCGUUCGGCGUGCUGUACGUGUUCUCGGCGGAGGUGUUCCCCACGGUGCUACGUAACACAGGCGUCAGCUCCAGCUCCACGUGCGGCCGGAUCGGCGCCAUCGUGGCGCCGUUCGUGGCCGACAUGGCGAAGACGUACGUGCACCUGCCGGCCGUGGUGCUGGCCGUGGCCGCGCUGGCCGGGGGCCUGCUCAUCCUGGUCCUGCCAGAGACCACCGGCCACAAGCUACCCGACACGCUCACAGAGGCCAAACAGCUCGGCAGUGACACCAAGAACGGAGCUGUGUCCGCGCGCCCGGUGCCUACUCUGAAGACCACCCCUCCGGCCGAGCAGUACAACAACGCCGCGUUUGAGGGUGACGGGGAAACUGGCGGACGGGACGGAGCGAAAUGAAGGUAGAAAUAAAGCGGACAUAAGAUACGGAUGGAGUGGAAUGCGUUUGGACUGGAGCGGAAUAAGAGCGGAAUGAGGCCCAGCCAGAGCGGACUGAGGCGGUAAGGAGAGGGAUGAAAAUGAAACAGCGCUACGUCGCCGAGACAAAGCCGGUUGAGACUGAGAAGGAGCGGACUGAGAGCAGAAUGGUCGGACCGAGAGCGGACUGAGAGCGGGAUGGAGAGGACUGAAGCGGACUGAGAGCGGGAUGGAGCGGUCUGAGAGCAGAAUGGAGCGGACUGAGGCCUUGACGAGGCCGAGCUGGAGAGAAAUAAGGACGGACUGAAGCGGGCCCUUGUCGGUCGGUAACCGACAGGCGCCGCUGUGAAAACUAUGCGCUUCGGAGGAAGCAGCGAGGUUUUAUGACGAAAUGCCCUUUUUACGAAGGCAGUUUUAGUGAAGUGUUAUGAGUGGAGUGCCUGAUCUGAUUAGUGUAGAUCCAAGUGUAGAUCUAGCUGCAUACGAUCAACAAAGCUCAGACUCUAGUCUCCAAUGGGGAGCGAGCCGAGUGUUUUAUGUUGCCACAAGGAGUGCGAAUCUUCCAGGUUAGCCCUAAUAAUAAUCGAUCUUUAGAGAUGGUCGAUCGUCUAAUCAAGAGCCCCAUGUCAGCAACUUUGUUAAACGCAUGAAAUGCAAGCUCAAACGGCAAAAUUUCCUUUCUACCGAAACUUAAACUCGUCCCAAUAGGAGCGGGGCCACUGUGGGCAAAGCUGUAUCAACAUUAAACUUUUUAUAUUCAUAUAGCCAAGGAACCGUAGACAAAUAAAUCGUAACAAC